AUGUGUGUUGUAUCGAAUAGACAUGAGAGCAUCAUUCGAGUGCGUUGUCUAGUAUAUCCAACUGUGCCACAUUUGGCGUGCAUAUGGCAUUUAUGGAAAAAUGUGACCAAGAAAUACAAGUCGAAUGAUGAAGUAUUGAGUCUUGUAUUCUAUGCACUUGCAAAAGCAUACACACAGGCUGAGUUUGAUAAGCUGAUGGAGAAGAUUGAGAAGGUUGAUUUUCAGGUAAAAGAGUACUUGGAGGAUGCUGGAAGGGAAAAGUGGGCUCGACUGUAUUCACCCGUUAACAGAGGAUGGAAAAUGAGCUCGAAUAUAGCCGAAUGUAUCAAUGGAAAACUGGUUGAACCAUCAAUUGAAUAUGUGUAUACCGUAAAUGAUGAGGCAAGGCAUUUCAUAAUUGAUCUUAAAAAGAAAACAUACAGUUGUCAGAUGUUCCAAAUGGACGAGAUACCAUGUCCACAUGCAUGGGCUAUAUUGAAAAGUAAAAGUCUUAUGCCUGAUGAAUAUUGCUCAGACCUUUUCAAACUGAAGACAAUGAUUAAGAUGUAUGAUGUGUCGGUAGAUCCUCUCCCUGACGAGAGUGAGUCUUGUCAUGACCUAAACUGA